CGCCAAUGAGUGAGGCCACGAAUUCUGAACCAGGACUUCUCCGGUGCCCUGGAACCUCACUGGCUUUUCCCAAAUACUAAAAUCUCCCCAAACCGCCUCCCUCAAGUCCUCUGUUUCCCAAAUCUUCUGCCCUUCCUCCUUCUUUUGCCGCCUUCUGUCUUCAUCUCUCUUGAGUCCUGACUUUGCCCUGUUCAAGCCUCCACUUUCUCCAUUGCUCUGCCCACCUAGCCAGGCUUUUCCCUUCUCUCGCCAGUCCCUGAACCCCUUGAACAUUGAUCGUCCCUGUUCUCAACAGACUCAGAUCUCCCAGGAGCAACUACCUGAGGGUAAAAACGACAAGAAGUAAUGAGAAUUGGGCUGGCAUUUUACCCACUCAGAAGUCCUCUGGAUACAUUGAGUCAGCUGCUCGGAGUCUUCUCAGGCACUGCCUAAGCUCGCCCUUUGAUCGUGUGUCCCCAAACUCUUCUUGGGGAAAACAUAAGUCCUUUCUCUGUACUUUGAGAAGUCCAUUUUCUGAAUUGUUUUCUUUCUUUUUUCUUUAUCUACCUUGUUUUCUCUGAGAUCUGACAGGCAUCUCGUUGAAAGACAGAGUCUCAUGAAGUUGCAGGACUGGGUUCAAACUUGCAGUCCUCCUGCUUCAGCCUCCUGAGUAUACGGGACCAAAGAGUUAGCAGUCGUCAGUAUGAGCUGGUCACCUUCCCUGCCGACGCAGACAUGUGGGGCCUGGGAAAUGAAAGAACGGCUGGGGACAGGGGGAUUCGGAAAUGUCAUCCGCUGGCACAAUCAGGAGACAGGUGAGCAGAUUGCCAUCAAGCAGUGCCGGCAGGAGCUCAGCCCACGGAACCGGGAGCGCUGGUGCCUGGAGAUCCAGAUUAUGAGAAGGCUGAACCACCCCAAUGUGGUUGCCGCCCGAGAUGUCCCUGAGGGGAUGCAGAACUUGGCACCCAAUGACCUGCCCCUGCUAGCCAUGGAGUAUUGCCAAGGAGGAGACCUCCGUAAGUACUUGAACCAGUUUGAGAACUGCUGUGGCCUGCGGGAAGGAGCCAUCCUCACCUUGCUGAGUGACAUUGCAUCAGCACUUAGAUACCUUCAUGAAAACAGAAUCAUCCAUCGAGAUCUAAAGCCAGAAAACAUCGUUCUGCAGCAAGGAGAGCAAAGAUUAAUACACAAAAUUAUUGACCUAGGAUAUGCCAAGGAACUGGAUCAGGGCAGUCUUUGUACUUCCUUUGUGGGGACCCUGCAGUACCUGGCCCCUGAGCUGCUGGAGCAGCAGAAGUACACAGUGACUGUGGACUACUGGAGCUUUGGCACCCUAGCCUUCGAGUGCAUUACUGGCUUCCGGCCUUUUCUCCCCAACUGGCAGCCAGUGCAAUGGCAUUCAAAAGUCCGGCAGAAGAGUGAGGUAGACAUUGUUGUUAGUGAAGACUUGAAUGGAACAGUGAAGUUCUCAAGCUCUUUACCUUACCCCAACAAUCUGAACAGUGUGCUGGCCAAGCGACUGGAGAAGUGGCUGCAGCUGAUGCUCAUGUGGCACCCCCGGCAGAGGGGCACAGACCCCCAGUAUGGACCCAACGGCUGCUUCCGGGCCCUGGAUGACAUUUUAAACCUGAAGCUGGUUCAUGUCUUGAACAUGGUCACAGGCACCAUUCACACCUAUCCUGUAACGGAAGAUGAGGGUCUGCAGAGGUUAAAGACCAGAAUCCAGGAGGACACAGGAAUACCAGAGAAGGACCAGGAGCUGCUGCAGGAGGCAGGUCUGGCCUUGAUCCCGGACAAGCCUGCCACUCAGUGCAUUUCUGAUGGCAAGCCAAAUGAGGGCCGCACAUUGGACAUGGAUCUUGUUUUCCUCUUCGACAACAGUAAAAUCACCUAUGAGACUCAGAUCUCCCCACGACCGCAGCCCGAGAGUGUCAGUUGCAUCCUUCAGGAGCCCAAGAGGAAUCUCCCCUUCUUCCAGUUGAGGAAAGUGUGGGGCCAGGUGUGGCACAGCGUCCAGGCCCUGAAGGAGGACUGCAACCGGCUGCAGCAGGGACAGCGAGCUGCCAUGAUGAAUCUCCUACGGAAUAAUAGCUGCCUCUCCAAGAUGAAGAAUUCCAUGGCCUCCAUGUCUCAGCAGCUCAAGGCCAAGUUGGAUUUCUUUAAAACCAGCAUCCAAAUUGACCUGGAAAAGUACAGUGAGCAGACUGAGUUUGGGAUCACAUCAGAUAAACUGCUGCUGGCCUGGAAGGAAAUGGAACAGGCCGUGGAGCUGUGUGGGCGGGAGAAUGAAGUGAAAUACCUGGUGGAGCGGAUGAUGGCCCUGCAGACCGACAUUGUGGACUUGCAGAGGAGCCCAAUGGGUCGCAAGCAGGGUGGCACACUGGACGACCUAGAGGAGCAAGCGAGGGAGCUCUACAGGAGACUGAGGGAAAAGCCAAGAGACCAGCGAACAGAUGGUGACAGUCAGGAAAUGGUGCGGUUGCUACUUCAGGCCAUUCAAGGUUUCGAGAAGAAAGUGCGAGUGAUUUACACACAGCUGAGUAAAACUGUGGUUUGCAAGCAGAAGGCGCUGGAAUUGCUGCCGAAGGUGGAAGAGGUGGUGAGUCUGAUGAACGAGGAUGAGAAGACCGUCGUCCGGCUCCAGGAGAAGCGGCAGAAGGAGCUCUGGAACCUCCUGAAGAUCGCGUGUAGCAAGGUCCGUGGUCCUGUCAGCGGAAGCCCAGACAGCAUGAACACAUCUCGACUUAGUCACUCUGGUCAGCUGAUGUCCCAGCCUUCCACUGCCUCUGACAGCUUACCUGAGCCAGCCAAGAAAAGGCUCUGGACUGGAGUUGGUUACACACAGAAGACGAGGAACAGAGUGGCCUGGAGCCAGCCUCGUGACUGGAGUUCCACACUUGGCCUAUGGCCCUCCCACGGUGGCUCCUGCUGCAGUGAUGUCCUGGCGCUCUCCAGCACCUGGUUGGAGGUCUCACUUCCCUGCAGCUGCUGUGACAUUCACCCUGGCCCAGAGCAUGGCCCUCUGCAGGCAGUGCUGGCACUGUGUGUGCAAACUAGAAGGCCUCCAUCAGGGCCCAGUGUGUGUCAGUGCCAAUCAUGAGUGAUGGGGAAACAGAGCCUCCACAGCUGCUUCCUCUGCUCUGCAUGUGGUUUAUCACAUGGACUGCCAGACAGAAGUCUGCCUUGAAUGUUUCAGGACAGAGCUGAGAUGGCAUCUGGUGCCAGCCUGUCCUCUCCUGUCCCCUUCUUUCCUCCAGAGAGGCCCUGACUUGUCUGCCUCACUCAUCUUAGAGCUAGGGUUUCAUCUGGAUUAAGCUUCUAUUCAACAGAUGUUUUUAAUCAUAGAUUUGGCGUGGCCACAUCCUCUCUUCUCUUUCACUUCACUGCUGCUAAAGUUUUAUUUUUACCUACCGUGUUGGUGGUCAUCCUCUUUUGGCAGGGUUGUAGAGUGAUGCCAAGCUCCCUACUGCAUGCAUUCAGCUAGACUGACUUACUAGAGCCAGCCAUGGGUCACCUGGGAGUCAGUUGUCACACAGAAGAAGGGAAGAAGCAAAGAGUGCCUGUUGGCCAGCAGCCCGUGCCCCUGCCCACCUGUGCCUGAGUGCCUGGGUGGGAUGGGGUGUUCCUGCCUUUCACAUCACCCAGCAGUACUGUUAAAUUGCCUGUUUUUACAAAUAGUUUCUAUAUAUUUUUAACAGGACUCAAGUGUUACUUACAUGGGAUUCCACAGUCCACUUUUAUAACACCUGUGGUUAGGGCUUCUGAACUCAAAAUUCAACGAAAUGUGAAAUUUUGUAAAAUUGAGUAGUGCCUGGAUUGUAACAGUACAGUAGCACUGCUUCUUCUGUAUUUCACAAAACUUUUAAAAACAUGGACAGAGCAGGAGAACAAAACUAGUGCUGGUGAUCAGAGACAGAUAACAUAUGCUUGGAGAAGAAAGUUGGAGUAGAGAGGUUUCACGAAGUGGCUUUCAUGUAGAUUGUAUGAAGCAGCUGGUGAAGUAAGUUUAGGAAAUGCUUCCUGCUUUCAUUGCUUUUUGGAGAGUCACAGUGAACACUUAUCUGAAGAGGCUUAUAAUAAAAAACUGGCUUAAUUUAUAUAAA